UAGUAAGUUUUUUUCUCUAAACAGUUGGAAAUAACACGGAGAACAGAGAUAGAUGAAAAUGGUAAAAGGAAACCAGCAUCAAAGCCAGAACCUAUCGCCUGCAUGGAGAUCUUACAUGUGCUUAAGCGUCAUCUUACUGACUUAUAUCCUGCUAAGGGUGAUGUCGGUUGCACCCUCACUAUUCUUUGUCCAAUUUGCUCAGUUAGUUCAAACCAGGGACAGGGACAGCGCCACCUCCAAAAUUUAGAUGAUUGCUUAAAGUAUGAUUCAAUUCCAUGUGGAACAUGUUCUAUGUCAACUGCUAAGAUUCGGUUAUAUUUCAAAGCAGAAUUGAGCUUCAGUAAAGAAAUUAGAAAUUCCUACGCACUCCAAGCAUUAACCACUGACAUGGGAACUGAGCAAAUGCGAAAGUAUUUCAUGACGAAAGGUAAGCUGAGAGGCAAACAUGAGGUCGGAAAGUUCCUGUCAUGGCAGAGAAAAAAUGGACCUUUAAAGGAUGUAGACUUUGAAUACGAAGCAACAAAGAUCUUCAUUGACGAUGUGGACAUCGACUCGUUCGAUAUUACCGUCCUGAUGUCCUUAAUUCAACAUUGCUUUAGUCCUCAAGGCGAUAAAUUCUGGGAGAAUCCACUAGAUGUUCAGGACAAAUCCGAACUGGCAAAUUUGAGACGCAUUCAACUGUACAAAGAAAGCACUCUAGACUGCAGUCAUAGCAACAGGACUACAGAUGUAGAGUUUGAGAAACAGUGGAAGGAACUUGCCACGAUCUUUAGAAAUAUCGGAGUUAACUGGUUUGAGCAGGAAAACGUUGAAGAAAUCAGAAAUUUCCAAGUUAUUCUAUCAGCCGUCGUUGAUGUCGGCACUGUAACUAUGAGGGAAUACUUCUUGGAGGUUGCUAAUCAAGGCAAGACAAAACAAAACAAGGCUACUAAACUAGACAAAAAAGAAGUUGGACGAUAUCUGAUGAAUGAGAAAGGAAAAGGUAGCUUCAAAAAUGUAAAAAUUACUCCUGAGCAGAACGCAAAAAUGUUCACACCAACAGCUGACAUUGACACGUUCGAUAUCUCAAUUAUGUAUUUGAUCAUCCGUAACUGUUGUAGCAUUCCAUACUCAUUUUGGAAAGAUCCAGAUAGAUUGCCUAGCUUGGUGCACAUCCAUCGCUACAGGAACACAACGCUUGCACAUUCUCCCAACAGUAAAAUGUCAAAUAAAGAAUUUGAGAUCGAAUGGAAGAAAGUGAGAGCAAUGCUACACGCUGCUGGUGCUUCUUUAAAUGACAUUGACAAAUAUAUGGGGCUAAGAUUUAUAAACUAA